UCUGAACUUUUCUUAAAAAAAAAAGGAUUACUCUUUUUUUUUUUCUUUUCAUCUCGGCUUGAACAUCAUCUCAAUCUAAACAUUCUUGAACUGUCAUCAUGGGACGCAAAAAGAUUCAAAUCAAGACCAUCAUGGACGAGCGAAACCGUCAGGUUACGUUCCAGAAGCGUCGCUUCGGAUUGAUGAAAAAGGCCAUGGAGCUAAGUGUGCUCUGCGACUGUCAGAUUGGUCUGAUCAUCUUCAACUCGAAUAACAAGUUGGUCCAGUAUUCAUCCCACAAUAUCGACUCAAUCUUGCUCCGAUACACCGAGAGAGACACAGACUGAUUUGAACCUCUUUCUACUUUUCUACUUUUUCUUCUUCUUUCUUUUCUUUCUCUAUCCAGUACAACGACUCUUGCGAGACAUAUACGAA